ACUUUUACAAAGAAUUUGCAAACCCUUCAAUUAACUCAUAUGGAACAGAAGGAUAAAAGAGAAGAUAUAUUUUUAACUUCUGAUAGUAAAAAGACUUUAUAUUGCGAAGAGAAAUCUAACAAUGAAAAAAUAUCUAAACAAGAAGAAGAAUAUGAACACAUUAAUGAACUGAUUAAUUAUAUUAUUAAUUAUCAUGAUCCUACAACCAAUCAAUUACUAUGUGAAGCUUUUAAGAUGUUACCAUCACGAAAUGAAUAUCCAGAUUAUUAUGACAUUAUAAAAGAGCCAAUUGAUUUAACCAUGAUUAUGGAGCAUAUAAAUAAUGUUGAAUAUGAUUCUUUAACAUCUUUGUACAAAGAUUUGACAUUAAUGGUGAAAAAUGCUAAAACAUAUAAUGAGCCAGGAUCAUGGAUAUACAAACAUGCAAAUCAAUUCAAAAAAUUGUUUACUACAAAAAAAAUGGAAUUAGAACAUAGCAAAAACAUAACUCAGGCAGAUUCGAACAUGAAUUCUAACAAAACUAGUGACAGAUUAAAAAGAACCGUCAGAAUGAAACGGGCUAGCGACAUGACCUCCGUAACGACAAGUGACGAUGAAUAUAGCAAUGCAACAGAUGCCACAUUUAAUAACCAAAGUAAUUCCUUAAUUGGCCAAAACGUCAACUUUAUUUCAACUCGGCUUAGCACCAAUAACCAAGGUAGUGACGACGAAAAAAUGGAAGAUAAUUCUCUCUACUGGAAACUUUACGAAGAAAUUAGAUAUUUAGAAGAUCCUUCAUUACCAAAUAAUUUUAAUAAUUCAAGUGCCAAUUCAGGUACAGGAGGCACUGUUAAAUUAUCUGACCCCUUUAACAGACUACCAUCUUCUUAUCAUUACCCGGAUUACUACGAAGAGAUUACCAAGCCAAUGGCAUUGACCCAGAUCAAGGCUAAGAUCAAAAAAAACAUGUACACCUCAAUGGCGGAGUUACUCGAUGAUUUUUUUUUGAUGUUCAAUAACGCCAUGGCAUACAAUAUUUCCGACAGUAAAAUAUACAAGGAUGCUCUCUUUUUUAAACGGUAUCUGAGAAGGAAGCUGAGCGAAGAACAGCACACCUAUGCAAACAUUUUGCCUUCGGAUUACUUGACUAAUCUAGACAACUCUGACCCCAGCUUAAUGGGCCCAGACGACCCCAACUUAAUAGGUGACGACUCCAACCCAAUGAGCUCGGACGACGCCAAUUUGUGCUUAGACGACCAUCUUCCAGUUUUUAAAAAAUCUAGAGGUAGGCCACCCAAAACUGCCCCAACUAACAAUGUUAGUGUUGGUAUCAAAAAUAUACCAAAAGCUACUAAAGAACCUAAAGAGAACGACACGACAAAAUUGAUGGGUAGAUUAGUGGAAGCGUAUAACGAGAUAACUCGGCUCGAAGAUGAAAAUGGUUACAAAUUAGCGUUGCACUUCAUCAAAAAGCUUAAUGACCCUCGCGCGAAUUUUGCUGAUUUUACCGAUAUCGAAAGGGCAUUGAGGGAGGGACAAUACACUUCAGUUACGAAAUUGCUCGGUGACGCCUUUAAAUUGGUUCAAGCCUUCAAAACCCACAUUUACAAUGUACCCAACGAACCUUCGUCUAUAGCAGGCUAUAGGGCUGCCGAAGCAAUGCAAAGUUUUUUGCUUAAUAACGCCAAAUUCAAGGAGAUCAUAGCAUCGGAAAAUAAUAUGAAUACCACCGCGGUUUAUGAUGGGAACAAAAGGAGUGCCAAUUUAAAUAGCGCAGAAAUUGUGAAAGAGGAUCCUUCCGGGGCUGGACUUACAAAGGCUCUACGUUCUCGUUUGCAAGAUAUUUAUAAUGAGCUCAUGAAUUUUCAAGAUCGGUCUUCUAAAAAAUCCUUAGCCGCGCCAUUUCUUAAGCUUCCUUUAAAAUCGGAGUACCCCGAUUACUACCAAAUCAUUACCCAACCCAUUGAUUUAACCACCAUAAAUCGCAAACUGUAUUACAACAAUAAUAUUUCCUACCAAACGGCGCAAGAAUUUUUCUCUGAUUUAGAUCUCAUGCUCGAAAACGCUUUCACCUUCAAUGAUCCAGAAUCCACGAUUUAUAAAGAAGCCUUGCAAUUAUACAGAUUUGUGUGCGAAAAGAAAACGGAAUUGUAUGAAGAGAUCAAGGGUAAACCAGAUGUCCAACUCAGGGUUAGAACUAUAUUCGUCACUAUUUACGUUGGGUUGAUCACUCAUCAGGACAAUCGUGGCGUUUAUUACAGUGAUACAUUACAAGAUAUUAUGCAAGGAUAUUCCGAAAAACUACGUGAUUUGCCGGGCUACUUUUUCCCCAGUUACUUUAAAGGUAAUCCCAUGAAUUUCGAGACCAUCAAGCGCUAUCUGGACACCGAUAAAUACACGAGAUUAGACGUAUUCCAAGACCACGUGCUACAUUGCCUCAAAAAGGCUCUCUUUUACGCUCUCUCCAAAAAAUUUGACCACCAAACCAAGUCCAAAGCCGAAAUUAGUGGAAAUAUCAGCGAGAGUAAAAAUGAUUUUGAACAGACAAAAUGUGUGAACGCAGGGGUCGAAUUGAUGAACCGAUAUUUUGUGCUCAGAGAUAGGGUCUGUUUGAGAACCGUUAAAGUUAGUCAGCCCCCGUCCUCAGAAUUGGAACUUAGUGAUGGACAUGAAAGGAACGACAGGUACCUCCGAUAUUUCGUACUUAGAUCAUUGGCCGCUUUUAAUGAGAAUAAAAAUAAUUCGGAGUUUCCAAAGCUAGUGAAAAAUUUUUUGGUUCAAGGGAAGAAAGCCGAUGAAAAGAAGCACGAAAAAUUCUCCAUCAAAACAGAAAAUUGUAAUAAUUCCAUCACAAAUAUGAGCGUCAAUGAGGAUGAUUGCGCCACCGAAGAGACCAAUUCUAACAGUAACGAUGUCAAUAGCAGUUUUGGUGAUUGGAAAAAAGGUUUAGAUGAUUCUAGCAUGGGGAUGGAAGGUUUCGAAGUCAAUGGUGAGACUUAUUAUGCUGGGGAUUUUGUUUAUCUGGAACCCAGUGAAAAGAGUAUUCCUGAUCCUCAUAUAUUGUGCGUUCAACAAUUUUCGAAGGAUCCCGAAACUGGCUUGCUUAAUGUUCAAGGUUGUUGGUUUUACAGGCCUUACGAAACUUUUCACCCUGCCGGCAAAAGAUUUUAUAAUCAGGAAGUUUUCAAAAGCGAUUAUUAUGACAAAUUGGAUGCCCAUAAAAUAUUGGGUAAAUGUCUUGUGAUGUUCUUCAAGGAUUACGUCAAAUAUAAACCUAUGGAAUUUGAAUCCAAGAACGUCUAUGUCUGCGAAUCCAGAUAUUUUACUAAAAUUAAAGCUUUCAAGAAAAUUAAACAUUGGAACCAUAUAUCAGCCUUCCCUUCCAACGAAUCAAAUAACAAUCACAAUAAAAUAACUUUUGUCCAACGAGAUGCAACUUUAAUAUUGCCUAAGACUACACCAUCGGUUUUUGUAGAUAAAACGUAUUCCCAAUUUUUGGAAGAAAAUUCUUAUGUUCCCAACUUUCCCGACCCCAAUCAGGAAGAAAUACCCCUUACUGAACCACCUACAAUUUCGCCCAACAAAUCACGUGCCUCACUUGGUAUACCUAUGCAAAAAGUUUUUUGGCCCAUUUAUACCAAAUGCUCUAGCACCACGCCCUCUCCAAUUUCUUAUGUUCCUUUGAAAUUAGGAGAUUAUGUGUUAAUAUCUUAUUCAUCCGCCAACCGUCAAAACAAGAAAACUAGUACAAAUAAUUCUUAUAACAGCCAAAACGAUGCUAAAAGCCCCCAAAAUAGUUACAUAAUAAGGAUAGACUCUUUGCGAAAGCCCGAAAAUGAUCAUUACAUCUUGAGCGGACAGCUCAAAUUUCUUUUUGAUCCUUACGUACCCGGAAAUUUCACUAAGAACGCCAAAGACGUGUUUUUAACACCUAUAGAUUUUCAACCGACAAUGUUCCUUAACUUGAUAGAUUCCAUGUCACCGACCAAAAUGGAUAAUGAUUUUGUGGUAGUGAAAAGGGUUUUCGUUCUGGGGGCUGAAACAUUUUCUAAGAAAUGGCCAACGGAAAUCGAAGAGAAAGAUAUAUACGUGUGUAGGUAUCGUUUUAGCAUGGACGAAGGCAGCGGCGAUAAUGCUGAUAAGCACGUUAUCACUCCUUUGAUUUAUGAAAAUUUUUGCCACAAACUCACAUUUCAACCUUCUCUUCCACUUCAACUUUUGGACGAGUGGUACCACUUUGACGCCGACGAAAUAUACAAUGAACCAGUUCAAUCUCCCGAUUCUAAUUUACCACAAAAUCUUAUGCCGAAUAACGCGCAGAAUACCAAUAUAGGUUCCAACUCUCAUUUGCUUCAGAAUUCAACCCUUAGUAGUUUAUUGGCCAGAAAAACGAUGCCUACGGAUAUCAGUGAACCAAGCGUUUCCGAGGUAUUUUUUGGGAGCGGGGAAAGCGGCGGAAAUUUAGGUGUCAAUUUAGGGCCCGCUCCUGAUAAUUUUGAUAACAAUGUUUAUUCUAACACCAAGCUCGAUCUUAAAGAAGAAAAACAAGUCAACGAUGGCUCAAAUACUAUAGGAAAUAAUUUGAAGAAAUUUUGCCUAGAUCAUUUAGGCCUACUGCUUGAUGAAGAAGAUUAUAAAUAUAUUCAAAAGAAAGCCAAACCAAGUGGAUACAUUGUUUAUUCUGGUGAGAGAAGGCAACUCCUUAUGGAGAAAUAUCCCGAAUUGAAAUUUGGUGAUAUUAGCAAACUCAUAGGCAAUGAAUGGAAACUAUUAAAUGCCGAUCAAAAGGCAUCGUUUGAAGAAAAAGCCAUUGUUUUUGGUGACGAGCUUAGAGCUCUUUUGGAAGACGGGAACAACUUUAAUUACGAUAACGCAUUCAAUAAUACGACUGGUGGUAAUACUCCAAAUGACAGGUUAGCUAAACGUAUCAAAAAACUAAUUCGUCGCAGCCAACAACUUAAAAAGCCUUCCAUUUCGUCCUUACCGUUGCUUCAUGCUCCAUCUUCCUCCAAUUCCAUGCUUCAUACUCCUUCUUCGUCCAAUUCGGCCUAUCCCGACGGGCCCGAUUACUCAAGUAAUGGUAGCGGGUUUUACGCUUGUAUGUGGGCUGAUUGCGACAUAAGAUUUGAACAUUUACAGGAUUUGGUUGACCAUGUUACUCUACAAACCGAUCACGUUAAAUCUAUUGAUGGGGAAUACACUUGUAAUUGGUCUGAUUGCUGGAAAAAUGGUAAAGAUAAGGAACCUAAACCAUUCUCAACACAGGGAAGGUUGAUCAAGCAUUUGAAGGACAGCCAUUUUAAAAAUUAUCUUAUCAAUUACGGAACUCUUGACAAGAAUAACAAAAACCUUUCCAUUGGCAAUACGACGGUCGGUAAUUUAUUCAGAACGAAGUCGGGAGGCAUUUUAGACGAUUACGAUUCAUCCAACACCUCUUUCUCGCUGUCAGGACUACCCAAUUACAAUAGCAAUAAUACGAAUAACGCUGGAACGGAUGAUAAUUCCAUAGAAGAAGCAUCCAAUAACAAUCAGUCAUAUUUCAUAACAUCCCGUGACAGACCCACCAUAUUCCCUACGGCUUUCAAUACCGACAACUCGGUCAUGUUCUCCAAGUUUGGACUUAACAACAACCAAACAAUUAAUCCCUCGCUGAUUACCAAUCAAAUUCACUUUUCGACUCAAACAAGGCCAGAAUUUAAUAAUCAAUUUAGAAAUGAUAAUCAAGUCAAGUUCCAAAAUAUAAUGGCAGCUCAGAGAUUAUCUUCCGGAAAUUUACCUGCUUAUAUGAUGAACAACAAUCAAUUUAAGAACAAUGAAUCUGGUCAUAGAAUUAAUCAAAACAUUAAUAAUAAUGCUAUUAGAUUGACUAAGCCUCUUUUUGUGGUUCCACCACCUUCCUACAAAAAUACAUUGAAGCAUUCUGACGUAUACAUCCAGUAUAUUGAACGAAUGACUCAAAAAACGACCCCCAAUAUUAAUAGAAAAUCGCCGGAUCUCUCGGCUUACGAUGAUUGGGUUAAAUUCGAGAAGCCUUCUCUCAUUAAUCCCAAUCCUGAACAAAAAGAGGAAAAUGAAAGGAUGGUUAAAAAAGCUAGGCUGAAAGCUCUAACCCUACUUAAAGAUCACAUGUUAUUUGACGCCAUAAGGAUAGAUAAUUGGAUGUCGGAAUCAAAUUAGAAAUGAACAAUUCUAGCUUUUAUUCCAUGUUUUAAUUAGUAAAAAUUUUUAGAUUAUAUUCCAAUAUUAAAUGGGUUUUUUGUAAAAUAUUUCAUGUACAAUAUGUUAUUCUAAUUU